CGUUCCACUCGGCUAGCGCUGCCAUCAGAGCGGUCUCUAUGGGAAGCCGAUGUGAAGCCGGCCGUGCUGUCGAUGCUGGCCCGGUGAGGGCCUCUCCGCCACGCCUGGGCGAGGAUUCCUACGGCAGCAGGCACCGCCCGGAGCUCUGGCGUAUCCCCGCGCGGCACCGCUGCUGAGUGCCCCUCGCCGGGUCAGGGGGCAGCGCCGGCCCGGCCCGUCCGCCCGCGGGCCGCGGGGGUGGCCGCCCGUGUUUACUGCCCCAGCAGGGGCUGCGAGGAUGCGCUGCCACCUCCCGCAACUUCUGCCUCGCCAUGCCAUGGCCUCUGAAUGAAACUCGCCCAACUCGGCCGAGUCAUUCUCACAUGACAAAGGUUUUGAGACAGCUUCAUCUUCGUCUGUCUGUAAUUUCCAUUUGCCUUCCUGGGUCACAGUAAUGAAAGGCAGUAGUAGGAAUAAGGAUCACUCAACAGAAGGUGAAGGAACUGGGAAGCGACCAAAAAGGAAGUGUCUUCAGUGGCAUCCCCUGCUUGCCAAGAAACUCCUUGACUUCUCUGAAGAGGAAGAAGAGGAAGAAGAAGAGGAAGAUAUUGAUAAGGUGCCGCUCCUUGGCCCUGAUGGUUUAGAGCAGGAUGCUGAUGAGACUGAAGAUGACGAGUCCUCAGAGCAACGAGCUCGCCGACCAAUGAAUGCGUUUCUCUUGUUCUGCAAACGCCACCGCUCUCUUGUGCGGAAAGAACACCCUCGCCUCGAUAAUCGUGGCGCAACCAAGAUCUUGGCAGAUUGGUGGUCUGUUCUAGAUCCAAAAGAAAAACAGAAAUACACUGACAUGGCCAAGGAGUACAAGGAUGCAUUUAUGAAAGCAAACCCAGGAUAUAAGUGGUGCCCCACAACCAACAAACCUGUGAAAACGCAGACAUCGAGUGUUACGAACAGGAAAAAGCUAUGGGCCAUUGCAUCAGACUCUGCAAAAGACUUACCAAGCCCAAGGAAAGUAACCAAAAGUGAAGAAAUGCCACAGCUAAACUUUGGGAUGGCAGAUCCUACCCAAAUGGGAGGCCUGAGUAUGCUGCUUCUAGCAGGGGAACAUGCACUUACUGCACAAGAGGUUUCCUCCAGUACUUGCCAGUCUGAUACAUCUAAUUCUACAGAAGCCUGUCAGAAGUCAUCAUUGUUUCAGUUUGCAGAGAUCUCUUCCAACACGUCACAGCCUGGAGUCCUGGGGGCAGUAAAACAAACGGAGGAGUCUGCAUUGUUUCAGUUUGCUGAGAUCUCAUCAAAUACUUCCCAGUUGCCAAGUCCUGAGCCAGUAAAGCACUGUGGGAAGUCGGCACUCUUCCAGUUGGCAGAGAUUUCUUCAAGUACAUCCCAUUCAGGGCCUUCGGAUUUAACAAAACAGUGUGGAACAUCAGCAUUAUUUCAGCUGGCAGAGAUGUGCCUUGCUUCAGAAGGAGUAAAAGUGAAAGAACCUGGGAAAACAAAAGUGGAAGCACUGGAAGAUGAGGAAGGGGAAGUUUCAGAGGACAUGGAAGUAGAACUGGAGAAAACAACAGUAAAAGACUCCAGUAAUAGAAAAGUAGAACAAUCAGAGAUAGAAAAAAUGCAAAACCCAGAUGAAACAAAAGCUGAGGAAUCAGAAACUGCAAAAUGCAGAGAAUUUACUAGUCUUGCAUUGGAAAACAGUCCUUUUGAGAGGAAGGAUAACACAAAGGAUCACGUGUGCCGUUCUCCAGAGCUUUUCCUGAGUGACAUGACUAUCCUUGGGCUAAAGCCAGAAAAGAUAAAGAAGAAAAAGAAAAAAAAUAAGUUGGACCGGCACACAAAUGAAAAAUCCACCCCCAAAAAAUCUUGUAAAAAGAGGCAGUCCUCCGAGUCGGACAUUGAAAGUGUAAUGUACACAAUUGAAGCCGUGGCCAAGGGGGACUGGGGUGCUGAGAGACUCACGGAUACCCCCCGCAAAAAGAACCGCCCUGUCUCAAAUGUGAAGGGAAGCAUGUUGGAUACAAAAUCACCAAAGAAAAAAGUGAAAUCAAAAGAAAAGAAAACAUCAAAGGAGAAACCAACGGAGACCACCAAAGAAUCCAAGCUUCCCGAUUUCCUAAGUAUUGAAGCCAGCAAGGAAGUACCGUGUGAGGCUUCUGAUAACAUUAAAGUGGAACCACUGACCCCAACAGAGGAGGUGGUACCCCAGAGCUUACCAGAACAGGUCAAAACUGAGGACAGUGACUGUGUUAAAAAGAUAGAAACCUGUGGCUCCAGGAAAUCAGAGAGAUCUUGCAAAGGUGCUCUUUAUAAAACUCUGGUGUCAGAGGGCAUGCUCACAUCUCUGCGCGCUAACGUGGACAGAGGAAAAAGAAGCUCAGGAAAAGGUAACUCCUCAGAUCAUGAAGGAUGCUGGAAUGAAGAAAUCUGGGCCUUUUCCCCAAGUGGGACAAGUGGGAACAAGAAACUGAAAAAGACUAAGCCAAAGGAAGAGUUUGUUUUUGGCUUAGCAAAAUUGGAAGAAGAAUUUGCAAAGAAAUUCAACAGCCUCCCUCAAUACAGUCCUAUUACCUUUGACAGGAAAAAUUCAGCUGUUUCGAGGAAAAAGCGAAAGAUUGGAAGCGGCUCAUGUGAACUACCAAAAUCCAACAAAGGUUCAUUCCAGUCUCAGAAAAAGAACUUAUUCCACAAAAUUGUCAGCAAAUUUAAGCACAGAAAGAAGCUUAAUGUUCCGGACACAGCCAUACUAUUAGAAGACAGAAAUUCCAGUGAGGCUGCCUGGAAGAAUAAAAUUUCUAUAUCUGCCCUAAACACUCCAGAGCCAGCAAUGAUGCAUGAGCCUUUAGUUGGCAGCCAGAAAAGGAAAGCAAGGAAAACUAAGAUCACACAUCUUGUCCGAACAGCAGAUGGGCGAGUGUCACCAGCAGCAGGGACACUGGAGGAGAAGCCAAAAGAGCUGCCACAAAGUACUCUUCAAAAAUCAUCAAGUGCAGAAACGGAUUGCAACAGUGAAUGCUCCAGAAACACAGAGACAGAAGAAAAUCAUAGUAUUACGUCAGAUAUGCCAGCAGUGUCUGCAUUUUUUAGCUUAGCUGCUCUGGCAGAAGUAGCAGCCAUGGAAAAUGUACACAGAAGUCAGAGGGCCACACCUCUCCCACAUGAUGGACAGCCAAAUGAAAUGUCUCAGGCUCCAGUGCUUAUUUCCUGCGCUGACCAGUGAAGCUCCACUUUAUUGUAAAACAUUGUGCUUUACCUAAUAUCCUAGCCUUGUCUUUACCAAGGGAAGCUAGUCAGUCCAUAUGGUGGAACUAGAGACUGCAAUAAAGUGCUUAUUGCUCUGAGUGGCCCAGAAUUCACUGGAAGCCAGACGUUAGCAACUUGGGCCAGGUCCUCAAAUUGGAACCCAGUGUGUAGGAGGGUGAUAUUGUCUAUUAAUGAACUGAAAUGGAGUGGAAUGAAUGGAAUGAUCCCAGAGCUUGCUUUCUAUUGAAGGCUUUUAAACAGUAAACAGGUGGUUGGUGUGAAAAAGGCUGCCUUUACUGUUAGCUCACACAGCAUCUCUUUUACCAACCAGAGAGUACGACUAGUUUCAUAUAAUAUCUAGUUAUUCUAAAU